GAUAUGGAUGAUGAAAUUGAAAAGUUGAUCGAAGUAUGGAUUUCAGCAUUUUCAUGUCUAUGCUAUUGCUAUUACAUAGCUUCUAAAAUACCAAAAGGAUUCUUGAGGCUUCUCUCCCUUCUCCCUAUUCUUUUCAUCUUCUUCAUCCUUCCCUUCACCCUCUCUUCACCUAACUUAAUUGCAUUCACUUCCUUAUUCCUUGUUUGGCUUGGAACUUUCAAGCUUCUCCUUUUCUCCUUCAACCAAGGCCCUCUUGCCCUAUCACCUUCAAACAUUCUCCAUUUCAUCUUCAUAGCUUCCCUCCCCAUCAACCCCAAGCAACACCCUUCAACAAAUCCAAACACCACCCAAAAGUUCCCCAAAUGGCUUUUGGCCCUAAAAGUGCUUACUUUAGGCUUCAUUGUACAUGUUUCUUCCUACAUUGAACACCUGAACCCUCAUUUUAUAACACUUCUCUAUUAUUGUUACUUGUAUCUUGGUUUAGAGAUUGUGUUAGCUUUUAUAACUUUCACUGUUCAAUCUGUUUUUGGCUUUGAAAUAGAACCACUAUUCAACAAACCCUAUCUUUGCACGUCCCUUCAAGAUUUUUGGAGCCAUAGAUGGAACAUUAUGAUUACUCGUAUUCUACGUCCAACCGUAUACAAUCCCGUACGUCGUAUAUUUAAUGAUGUUGUGAACCCUAUGUAUGCCACGUCAGUUGCCAUGUUGGCUACAUUCCUUGUUUCUGGGCUUAUGCAUGAGUUAAUGUACUAUUACCUCACACGUGUGUCUCCCACGUGGGAAGUGACGUGUUUUUUUGUGCUUCAUGGUGUGUGCACGACGGUGGAGGUGGCUGUGAAGAAGGUGGCGCUCCGUCGUGGGCGGCAGUUACACCAUGCCGUGUCGAGGCUUCUUGUGAUGGUGUUCUUGGUUAGCACAUGUUGGUGGUUGUUUCUUCCUCAACUAUUAAGGAAUGGUGUGAAUACGAAGGCCACACAAGAGUAUGGAGUUUUGGUGGAUUUUGUUGUAAAGUCUCGAUUACCUUACAUAUAUGUAUGUCUUUAGGGUCAACAUAAUGUUAUAAACUUAUAAAGUUUUUUUCCAACU